AUGACACGAGUGGUGGAGCAGGCCGGACUCGGCGCGGUGGCGGUGGUGCACGUGGGGUCCGACGGCGGCUUCGACCUCCCCGACGCGCUCCACCCCGACGUGCUGCCGCUGGCGCUCGCCCACGACCUGCCCAUCAUCGUGGUGAGCCAGCGCGGCCUGGGCGAAGCCGACACGGAGGCGCUGCUGGGGGUCGGCGGCGUGGCGGACGUGGCCAGCGUGGACGUGGUGCCGCCGUCGCUCCUCCGCCGCCGGCUGCAGGCCCACAUGGCCCUCGCUCGCGCCCGUCACCAGUCGCAGCUGUCGCCCGCUCCCUCGUGGCAGUCCCUCUCCGGCCAGCUCCUCCUCCAGAUGGAGCGCGUCGCCCAGCCGCGUCCCAGCGACUCGGGCGAUCGUGGCGCCGUCAAGGAGCGCCCUGGUGGCGCUGGUGAUGAACACGAUGACAAUGAUGAUGGCAACGAUGAUGAUGGCGGUGAAGAGGAAGAUGAGGCUGCUGGUGCUGGGCAGGGCAAGGAGAAGCGGAGCAGCGGCGAUCGGGUGCACCGCAUCGCAGACGGCAGUACGCCGCACCACCUGUCGGUCGUGGAGAGCGUCCUCCUCCAGCUCGACCAGCAGGGCCGCGCGUUCGCGGCGGACUACCCGGAGCUGAGCCGGCUCGUGGUGCGCCUGCUGCGGGACCUCUACUCGCCCGAGUCCACCGUCUUCCAGCCCGGCGAGGACCUGUUCAAGGACAAGUGCGCGGACAGCGCCACGCGGGAGUGGAUCGUGGAGACCUACACCCGGCGCCCAUCGCUGGCCGAGUGCCUCAUGACCUCGCCCGCAUCCGGCGGGUCCCUCAAGCGGUCUCUCUCCCUCAGCCAGGCCGGCCGCGCGCUCAAGAGCUGGCAGUUCAACGCGUUCGACUGCUCGGAGGACACGCUCGAGUCGCUAAUCCCCGAAAUAUUCAACGCCGAGCUGCAGCUGCUCAAGCUGUUCGACGUGCGACCUCUCGUCCUCGUGCCGAUGGCCGUGUUCUGCAAUUUCGUGCGGGAGGUGCGGCGGCACUACCAGGCCAACCCCUACCACAACUUCGUUCACGCGUUUGACGUCCUCCAGACGGUCUACUCACUCCUCUUCAUAACCGAUGCGGUCAACUUCCUCACCGAGCUGGACAUCUUCGCGUUGCUGGUGUCGGCCCUGUGUCAUGACCUCUCCCACCCCGGAACCAACAAUGCGUUCCAGGUGAACAACCUGACAUCGCUCGCGCUGCUGUAUAACGACGUGUCGGUGCUGGAGAACCAUCACGUCGCCACGCUCUUCCGCAUCGUCAACGAUCCAGCGGCCAACGCCGACAUCUUCGCCCGCCUCAGCAAGGAGCAGUUCAGGGAGGUGCGGGCCGUCAUCAUCAAGAGCGUUCUCGGCACCGACAUGAGCUACCACUUCGAGUCCACCAACCUCUUCAAGGCCCGGGACCCGGAGGACAGAGCGAGCGCGAGUCUUAGAUCAGAUGUGAAGGACGAUCGUCAGCUGGUCAUGAAGAUUUUGCUGCACACGGCCGACAUCAGCAACCAGGCCAAGCCCUGGGAAGUGGCCUCGCGAUGGGCGGUCAAGGUGACGGAGGAGUUCCUGGCGCAGGGCGAGCUCGAGCGACUAGCCGGCGGCCCCAUCUCUCCCGGCAUGGACAAGACCCUGGUCAAGAUGGAGCAAAUGACGGCCAACUUCAUCGAGCUGGUGCUGGAGCCCCUCUUCUCGGCGCUGGUGGCCUACUUCCCCGCCAUGGGACCACAGCACGCCCUCCUCCUCGCCAACAAACGCAAGUGGCGCGGCCGCGAUGCAGCCUAG